GCUCUCUUUCAACCGCCGAUCACUGCUAUUGAGUCCGUCGGCUCCUUGCUCGGUGACCAAUCUGAUCUGAUUUGAUUUUGAUUGAGGAAGAGACGAAGGCGAAGGGUAGUUAUGUCUCUGAGACCAAGCGCGAGGACUGAGGUCCGGAGGAACAGGUACAAGGUGGUAGUGGAUGCGGAAGAAGGUCGGAGGAGAAGGGAGGACAACAUGGUGGAGAUCCGGAAGAAUAAGAGAGAGGAGAGCUUGCUCAAGAAGCGUCGCGAAGGCCUUCUUGCUCAGCAAAACCAGCAACAGCAACUCCUCUCCGCCACAUCUGCGUCCGAUAAGAAGGUAUUCUAUUCUUGUUUGAUAAUGAACUGUUUUAUUGCUAGGUUCUUGGUUUAUUUGGCUUUUGAAGCAGCUUGUUUGUCAAUUUAAUCGGUGGAAUCAUGAGUGAUAAUUAGGGUUUAUCAUUACUGAAUUCAUAUAUAUAUAUAUAUAUAUAUAUAUAUUCUUCCCUUUUAGUUAAUGGGCAUUUUCUUGAUUGGAUAUUGAUUCUGGUAGCUUAGUAUAUUGAUUUUAGCAAUGGAUAGCCUUAUCUUAUGAAACCAAUUAUGAAUAAUGUAUUGCUGGAACA